AUGGCUCUUCUCGCGCUCUGCAUCGUCGCUGCUCUGUGCAGUAGCCGCGCGCUCCUGGCCGCGCGUCCCUCCUCUUCCUCCUCCUCCGCCGCGGGCCGCGGGUCCGUAGGGUCCGGGUUGGGCUCCGGCCCGGGGCUGGCCUCGCUCCCGGACCCGUGCUACAACGAAAGCGGCCACCCGCGCCGCUGCAUCCCCGACUUCGUGAACGCGGCGUUCGAGAUGGAGGCGCGCGCCAGCAGCACGUGCGGGAGCCCCCCGUCACGGUAUUGCUCCUCUAUCUCCUCCUCAUCCUCCUCCUCAUCCUCCUCGGGUCCUUCCGGAGCUGCUGCUGCUGCGGCUGCAACGGGAGGAGGAGGAGGAUCCGUCGGCGUCGGCUGCCGCAUCUGCGAUUCGUCCGACCCGCGCGGCGCCCACCCUCCCUCGCUGCUCACCGACCUCCACAACCCGCACAACGCCACGUGCUGGCUGUCCGAGGCGGGCCUGUCGCCCGGCCAGAACGUCACCCUCGUGGUGCCUCUGGGCCUCAAGUACGAGGUGACCUUCGUGAGCGUCCAGUUCUGCACGCCGCUGCCGCCCGACUCGCUCGCCAUCUACAAGUCCAUGGACCGCGGCAAGACGUGGGUGCCCUUCCACUUCUACUCGAGCCAGUGCCGACGCGUGUUCGGGCGGCCGCACCGCGGCACCGUCACCAAGAUGACCGAGCAGGAGGCGCUGUGCACCGACGCGCACCUGUCCCAGGGCCUCGUGGCAUUCAGCACGCUGGACGGGCGUCCGUCGGCCAACGAUUUCGCCAACAGCCCCGUGCUGCAGGACUGGGUGACGGCCACCGACAUCAAGGUGGUGCUGGUCAAGCCGUGGAGCAAUUUGGCCGGGGGGUCGUCAUCGUCCUCGGCAUCAUCAUCAUCCUCCUCCUCCUCCGGCGGGGUCAUCGGCGGCGUCGUCUCGCCUGGGUCAACAGCCGGCGGCGGCGGCGCCGUCAGCAACGAGCUGGCGGACGGAACGCCUCCAGAGAGUCGCUACCACGGCGUGGCCGACAUCCAAGUCGGGGGCCGCUGCCGCUGCAACGGGCACGCGUCGCGGUGCGGCCGCGACCGCGACGGGGCGGCCGCGUGCGAGUGCCGCCACAACACGGGCGGGCCCGAGUGCGACUCGUGCCGAGCAUUCCACCACGACCGGCCCUGGCAGAGGGCCACGAGCAGAGAUGCCCACGAGUGCGUCGCCUGCCGCUGCAACCUGCACGCGAGCCGCUGCCGCUUCAACAUGGAACUCUACAAACUGUCGGGACGCACCAGCGGAGGCGUCUGCCUCACGUGCCGUCACAACACCGCCGGCCGGCACUGCCACUACUGCAAGGAGGGCUUCUUCCGCGACCUCGGCAAGGCCAUCACCGACCGCAAGGCGUGCAGGCCUUGCGACUGCCAUCCGGUGGGCUCCUCGGGCAAGACGUGCAACCAGACGAGCGGGCAGUGCCCGUGCAAGGACGGGGUCACGGGGCUCACCUGCAACCGCUGUGCGCGCGACUACCAGCAGAGCCGCUCGCCCGUCGCACCCUGCAUACGAAUCCCUCAUGCCGAGCCGACUCCGAUGGUCACCACGACACAGGCGCCAAAAGACUGUGACGUCUACUGCAAGCCAUCGAAGGGCAAAGUGAAGAUCACGCUGCAGAAAUACUGCAAGAAGGACUACGCGCUUCACCUCCACCUGGUGAGCCCGCUCGGCGGUGCGCGAGUGGACGCGCUUCACCGCCGAGAUCCGCUCCGUCUUCAAGUGGGGCGGGGGGCCUUCGGGCGUGGGGCCCCCCGCGGCCGCCCCCCCGGCGCCGCCCCAACCGGCCCACCACGACGCGGCGACGUUGCGGCUUCGUGGCGGCAACGGCGGCGGGGAACGGCGGCGGCCAACGGCAACAACCGGCGGCGCGCGCGCGGCAAGAAACAGGAAGCUGCGAGUGGGCCGCUCCUACUGCUGCUGCUCAGUACCUCGUCACCGGCGGGGGGGGGCUCGGGCCCCCCUGCCGAGGCUCCCUCGCAGGGGUCUUCGCAGGGUCCCCUUCGCACCCAGCAGCAGCAGCAGCAGGGCCCGCUGGUGGCCGACCGCGCCAGCGUGAUUGUGCAGUGGCGCGACGCGUGGGCACGCCGCCUCCGCCGCUUCCACCGCAGGGAGAAGAGCGGCAAGUGCGGAGUGCCCUGA